AUGCGCGAACGUUGGAGCCCAGCGUCAUCUUUAUCACCGCGACGGGGUCAGCAGUUGCGAGAAGGGCAAGUCGCAGCAGGCCUUGUCGCUGAUCUGCGCGACGUGGGAGGCAAAACUGUAGCCCGACGUCAUCAGCUACAGCGCUGGGAUCAGCGCGGGCUGGAAGGGCGACCAGCGGCAGCGCUCAGAGAGACGUGGAAGGCGGUACUGGUGCCCGCCGUCGUCAGCUACAACGUUGGGAUUAGGGCUCGGACGUUACUCGUGGAGAUGUGGGAGGCGAAGUUGAAGCCGAGCGUCCGCAGCUACAGCGCUGGCAUCAGCGCGUGCGCAAGAGGCCAAGAGGGGCUGCGGGCUCAGGCGCUGCUCGGCGAAAUGCAGGAGGCAACGCUGGGGCCCGACAUCGGCAGCUUCAAAGCUGGAGUUAGCUUGUGCGAACAAUGCAAGAGACAAUGGGCGAUGGCGCUGCUUUGA